AUGUCACUCAUCGAGGGCAGCACAUCGCACGUCGAGGACCAGCAGGAUGCAGGCAGCCCAUCGCACCCCAAGGACCGACAGGACGAGGGCAGUCUUCAACAGCAGUCUGAAGCCACAACUUCUGUGCAGGCUCGGCAGAAAAGGAGAAUUGCUCAACUUGAGGAGCAGCUCGAGACUCUCACAGCAGGGCGGGCAGUAAAAGAAAAGCAAACAAACUACUAUAUGUCUCAAGGACAAGCGCUCAGACGCGUUGUCACUCUGUUCGACAACGUUGAGGACCUCGUCGCCAAAAACAACAGAAGGUGUGACGAAGAGCAACAGGAUGAGGAUGCUACUCUGGAACAAGAUCGAAUGCAAAUAGGGUACGUCGCCCUUACGCAAACUUUACCUUGGUUUCAUAAGAAGGGCUGCGAGUUGGAUUACGACAAGUAUUCGCACAUGAUAAAAACGCUUCGGCAGGGCGCUGAUGGUGCUCAAGGAGACGAUACCUCCAAGCUCAAGACUCUCAUUUCUGAAUGGAUCAAUCAUGAAUUCAAGCCUGAUCCCCCGGUCGACCCUGAGGAUAAACAUUCUCGUGGAUUCACUAACAAUGCGUGCGACAGGUUGCUCUGCCCAGCCGAGAUUGAUUGGAACAACCCGGCUGUAAGGGCAGGCAUUCGAGAUCGUUCAGAGGGCUAUGUUGUUACAGACCUCUUUUUUCCAGCCUACUUGUAUGACAAGUAUGCCACCAAUCUGGAUGAUCUAGAGGAGGGCUUGUUUAAGGGCAAAAUCCUUCUUCAGGCUUACAAAGCUGUAUUCACAUCACCCUCAUCAGCAAAGGACGUCGAAGGCAAUGGCAAUGGUGCAGACGUCAUCCGAAACAAUAGAUGUGCUAAGAAGUCUUCCUCCAGAAUCAAAGUCAAGAAACACGUGCGAUUCACACUUUCUUCUGUUACGUCUUGGAGGUCCGUUGAUGGGGACUUUGAUUAUGUUCAAUUCUGGCAAACCAUUGUGGACUUCUUUGAACGGCCUCCCAGCCGUGAAGCCUGCCACAGGGUUGACAGGCUCCUCGAGUGGUGGACUAGGAAAGUUUUCGGAAGGAAUCACCAUAAUGAGCUUAGCGACACGGCAAAGGCUAACAUGUCAGUAAAUGCUCUCGCAAGGCAGAGAACACGUUGUGACGACACCGCUUUCGAUUCACCUUAA